AUGGCAGAAUUCAAACAUUUGAUUCUCGCACAUGGUCAUUGGCCCGACAGUUAUGAAAGUCAUCAGUAUGAUUCGCAUCGAAAUGUCUUCUUCAAUAACGACAUGGAAGGCCCACAAAAUUAUCACUACCUGCAAAUGAAUGGAAAUCAACUUGUGAAUCACCAUUCAGCAUGUAACUGUGUAAAGUUGAAAUAUUGUAGUCCAACAAUGGAAAUGGCGCGUAAAAUGUAUACCGGAUUUAUUUCCGACUACAUAAACUCUCAACUGCAGGUUAUCGCUUGUGAUUUCAUUGAUAAUGAGAUGGCAGUUUGUUGUCCUAAUAAUAAAUUAAAUGUUAAUGGAAAUUCAGUAAGAUUUAGCAAGCAUAGAAGAACUUCAAAUCGUCAACGUCAUCAUCGUCAUAGACACGAAAGUGAUGAACAUAAAAAGUGGGUUUGGGAUAUUGAAGAGGCGAACAGUUCUGAAGAAAAGUUUUCAUCGACAACGCAAAGUUAUAAGACAACAAUAGAAUAUUCAAAUUAUCCAACUCAAGACACUACUUCACCACCUAAAUCAAAAACAUAUAAUUCAACUUUCUUUAUAACUCAUGAAGAUCCCAAAUCAAAGAAGAAUUGCCCACCCCCACUUUCUGAAGAGUUUGAACUUCCAAAGAAUCAUUCUUUUUUCAAAGAACCCCAACCUUCGACAACACAAAAAUCAUCAACAAAUAUUCAAUCAACAACAACAUCAGACAACAAUCUUGUACCAACUGAAAGCAAUUCAAACACUCCCAUUCAAACAGAAUUACAAGAAAAAAUGAAAUUAAUUAACAAGAAAUCUUGCGGAUUAUCUUUUGGAUCAAGAAUCAUUGGUGGAGAAGAUGCUGGUUUUGGUAGAUUCUCUUGGAUGGCUAGACUUGCUUAUAGAAAUACAACAUCUGGCAGAAUAACAUAUCGUUGUGCUGGAUCUGUAAUCGCUGAUAAAUAUGUCUUGACAGCAGGCCAUUGUGUCAGCAACUUAGUAGACAACCUUGAAAUUACAUUGAUCCGCCUUGGUGAUGUUAAUGCUGAGUUGGAGAAUGAAUGCGAUGAGAAUGGAAUUUGUGCACAGGAAGAAGAUUUUGAAAUUGAAAGAAUUAUUGUUCAUCCCGAGUACAAUAAUCCACGUUAUGCUAAUGACAUUGCACUUAUAAGAUUGAAACAGUCAACAGCUUCAUCAAAUAGAAUUGGUACAAUUUGCCUACCGAUUGGAGAGUAUCAAGACGCUGCAACAAGAUCAUAUGAUGCAGGAAAUGGAAUCGUGGCUGGUUGGGGGGCUGGAUCAAGGAUGAAUAAUGCACAAAAUGAAAUGCUUCAAUGGAUUCGACUUCCAUUUGUGAACACAACUGAAUGUGCUGAAUUUUAUUCUAAUUACACGUCGGGCUACAGAUUACGAAUAAUGAUCAGCAACUCACAACUUUGUUAUCAAGGGCGAGAGAAUGGUGAUGCAUGCGCUGGUGAUUCAGGAGGUCCGUUGAUGAAUGAAGCUGAACUCAACAAUGACAAAUUUGUUAUCUUAGGGCUUGUCUCAUUUGGACCUCGACUUUGCGGUUUAUCAAACUUUCCUGGUGUCUACACACGCGUGUCAUCAUACGUUGAGUGGAUUUUAAGAAAUAUUGAACCGUAAUAAUGAAACUUAAAUACUUAUUUUGUGAUUUUAAACGAACAAGGAGAAUAAAUUGU